CACACACUUCCUGGUCUGUAGCCAAUGAUAGAGCCGGAAAAUUUGCUAGCGAAGCUACUGCCACUGUGUGAACUUUGACUCACUGUUGGACUGACAGAGCAAAAGGACGCGCCAUGGGUCGCCUUGAUGGGAAAGUGAUCGUGUUGUCUGCAGCGGCGCAAGGGAUUGGACGUGCGGCGGCAAUAGCGUUUGCUAAAGAGGGAGCUAAAGUCACCGCAACUGAUAUCAAUGGAGAGAAGCUGAGGGAGUUGGACAGUAUUGCAGGUAUCAGAACCAAGGUGGUGGACGUGACUAAGAAGGACCAGGUGGAAGAACUGGCCAAGGAACACGACCACGUAGAUGUGUUGUUCAACGUAGCUGGCUUCGUGCACCACGGCUCCAUCCUGGACUGUGAGGAGGCUGACUGGGACUUCACAAUGAACGUCAACGUCCGCAGCAUGUUCCUGAUGACCAGGGCUUUCCUGCCCAAGAUGUUGGCCAAGAAGUCAGGAAACAUAAUCAACAUGUCAUCAGUUGCAUCAAGCAUUAAAGGCGUGGUCAAUCGCUGUGUCUACAGCACUUCCAAGGCAGCUGUCAUUGGACUCACCAAAUCAGUGGCCGCAGACUACUUGGACCAAGGCAUUCGCUGUAACUGUGUCUGCCCUGGCACAGUUGAUACUCCGUCACUACGAGGCCGGAUCCAGGCCCAACCAGACCCAGAGCAGGCUUAUAAAGAUUUCAUGGCAAGGCAGAAGACGGGGAGGAUGUGCACCGCCGAGGAAGUGGCUUACCUCUGUGUUUACCUGGCUUCAGACGAGUCAGCCUACGUGACUGGAACGGAGCACAUCAUUGAUGGAGGAUGGCGUCUCUGAAGUUUCUGAACCGUUCCUUUCUAAUAACUACUUCAAAUCACUAUUUGAAGGCGUUUUACAAUUAUGCAUCCAACCCAUGAAUAAUAUAAUUAUAAUACUACAAAUUCCACAGAGAUAUGAUUUCAAGCUGUUUACCUACCUUUACUUGUUUGAAGCUGAAUUGUCAAUUUAACACAAUCGUGCCACAAAGGAGUUGUAAAUUUGUCAAAAAACAUUUAAUAAAUUUAUUUUGAAUAAACCAA